AUGACUUUAAGACAGGAAUCCAAACCAAUAGGUCCUAUUAAAAAUAGCCCAAGUGAAAAACGACACAUAGCCAGCCUGGAGAAGAACCUCUAUGCAGAUAUAGAAGCUGCUUGGCUUGCUCUUAUGACAAGAUAUGGCAUUCACCCUGAAAAUGUGAGUAUAUAUGGACAUAGUAGAGGGACAGGACCAUCUGUGGGUCUUGCUGCUCAGUCUGAGAGUGCUGCUGCUACUAUUCAUUCUCCUUUGACCUCGGGAAUGGGAGUCACUUUUCCUGAUACUAAGAAGACCUACUGUUUGGAUGCAUUCCCAAACAUUGACAAAAACUCUAAGAUAACAUCUCCUGUAUUAAUAAUUCAUGGGGCUGAAGAUGAAGUCAAUGACUUCUCACGUGGCCUUCCAUUGUUUGAGCAUUGUCAAAGACCCAUGGAGCCUCUGUGGGUCAAGGGGGCAGGUCACAAUGAUGUGGAACCUUAUGGAUGGUAUCUUGAAAGGUUGAACCAGUUUGUGUCACAAGAACUAGAGAGAGAGCACAAGCAGGGGGAGUAG